UACCAAUAGUUUGGAGUUGCCUUAAUCUGCAGAAUACUUGUUCUCUUUAAGAUUUUUUUUGGUCAGUGAUGUCGCCAUUAAUGUCAGAGUUUUGUCUUUGCAUUGUAAUGCCCAGAGCUUGAAAGCAGUGUUGAUGUGCACUGCUGAAAGCAGAUGCCUUUGGUCUACUUGUAGAACACGAGUUGCAUGGCAAGUUCACAGAUUAAUUGUUGCUUGCAUUAUCCUCUGGGAGGGAAUGCCCAAAUGGAUUUCUUAUACUCCAGAUUUGUUUCCAGGAUCUGUUUCUACCAAGCAAAGCCUAGGCCAGCUGAAUGUGGCAAAUACUGUAGGAGAGUCAGCUUAGAGGUUCAUUGCAGACUCAUACAAAGUGUCUGAGGUGAUUUUGAGGAGUAUGUUAGCCCUGUUAGGUAUACCUAUAAAUAAACUUUCCUCAUUCAUCUGGGUGGCUUGUCAUGUUUUUGCUUAUUGUUGUAGGAUCUGCUGUCUUUGUGGGGGACAUCUUUGAGCAGGAGGCAUUGUUUGUAUUCUGAGCAGCAGAAAAAAAUGUGUUUAUCAUCUUGGGAGGGUUCUCAUUUGCUUCAAAUCCCUAGGACCUUUCUUUCAGAUGUCUUUGUUUCUAUUUCACUUUGUUCUUCUUUCUGUCAGCCACCCUAAAAAAUGUAUUAGAUCUUGUAAUGCUCUGGAAUUAUUCUAGAAGCUUUGUCUCCUCUUGUAACUAAAAGUAAACAGAAUCACCAAAGUCUUUAGUGAUGAAACUUGCUGAGCAUCUGAGAAGAUUACAUUUGCUGUGGUUUCUGUUCAUGACUGUGGGAACAGUGCUUAUCUGCCACCAGGAAACAGAAAACUUCACUGUGUUUUAAGAUAAAAUAAGGAAGCAGUGGCUUUGAAAACCAGAUGUUUGGUAUGAUUUCACUAAACUCCUGCUUGAGUGGGGUUCAGAAGUUGGGUACAUUCUUUGUCUGAAUAUAUCCUGUUUAGUUCUGAGCAAACCAUUUGUGAGUGAGACUUGGUUAUCAUUUCAGAGCAAAGGAUAUGAAGAAAGAAUUAAACAGCUAUCACCAGUGACAUUAUUUCAGGCUUCCUCCUUCAUUGAUAUAGAUGAGUUAUGCCCAUAGUAAGCCCCAGUUGACAGGAAUACUGGAUUUCUGGUUCAGGGCUUAAAACAGUGCCAAAUUUAGAAUUAGAAUUGCUCUGAUAGGGAGGGGUAGGUUGGUGCCACAUCUUUUGAUUCUAGUGCCUUUCUUGUAGUGUCUACCUACAGCCUGUUUUGGGGACAUGAUGCUACUUGAAGUCUUAUUCUGCCUUACCACUUGUAGACUGCAGCUCCUACUCCCUUUCCCUCUUCAGUUGCCAUCUUCUAAAUGGAUUCCAGUGAAUUUUCAGGAUCUAUGGACCCCCUGUCCUUGCCUGACAAACCGCUUAUUGGAGAUCUCCCUGCUGACAUGGAGUUUGGUGAAGAUCUCCUGGGCUCCCAAACAGCUUCCACCCAGGAAGCUUCAGUUCUUCAGCCCCCUGGCUGGGAUCAAUCCAAGCAGAUGACUGCAGAUGGGGACUUGGACCUUCUAGUGAAAGCAGACAGCCUGUCCGAACUAAAUAAAUCAAAUGACCGUGUUCUAGAUAAACCCAAUGUCUUGGAUAUGCUGGAGAAACCUGAUGUCUUAGAUAACUUGGAUAAAACUGCUGACUUGAUGGAGCAGGAUAAACCUGAGGGUCUGGAUGGGCUAUGUAAGGCACAUCCUUCCCGGGACAUGGAGGGUGGACCAUCAGACUCCUCUGCCCUUUCUAGAGAAGCCCUUGUUCCAGAAACAUGGAAAGAAGGGGAGGAUGCACCAAAAAAUUGUUCUGGGGACCUAAAGGAAGACGGUGCUGCUGCUAUUCCUGCACUGCCUGGUGACAAGGCCCCUGAAUCACCUCGAAAACCCAUUCCUGACUCUGGGAACCUCAGCAGUGCCCCAGCCACUGAAGAAACCACAGCACAGUCCUCGAGUCCAGCAAUGCCCCCACCCCAACUCAGUCUUAAACAGACAAAGAAGAUGAAGUUGAAAGCACCAAGGAAAAGCUCACCCCUGCAGAGGGAAGGGCUGGCAGGGGAAGCAGAGGUGGAACCGAUCCCAGACAGCAGAACUGCAGCUUUGCCCCCUGAGCCUAUGGAGGAAAACCGGGCAGAGGGAGGGGAUGAUAAUGGGAAAAACUCACUUAAAGAAAAUAGUGUACUCAAAGCACAGGAAGCCUCGGCACCAGCAGGAGAAAGCCUGUCUGGGAAGGGGAGCGAGCUACCAGCUGAGAAGGAGCAGAAAAGAAGUGAACGACCCAGAAGAUCAGAAACUGCCAGGCCUGAAACUGUGAACUCCUCUGAGAGCAUUCCAGUGUCUGACGAGGACUCUGAUGCAAUGGUGGAUGAUCCCAACGACGAGGAUUUCGUUCCUUUCCGCACGCGGCGCUCGACCCGCAUGUCCCUGCGCACCCAGAUGGCCCAGCGAGCCGCCCGCUCCACCUUCACCAAGAUGACCUGUGCCAACUGCAGGACCCCCCUGCAGAAGGGCCAAACCGCCUACCAGCGCAAAGGGCUUCCUCAGCUCUUCUGCUCCAGCUCCUGCCUCACCACCUUCUCAAAAAAACCGCCUGGCAAGAAGAUAUGCACCUUCUGCAAAAAGGAGAUCUGGAACACCAAGGACUCUGUGGUUGCCCAGAUUGGUUCAGGUGGCUCUUUCCACGAGUUCUGCACCUCUGUCUGCCUUUCCCUCUACGAGGCCCAGCAGCACAGACCAGCACCUCAGUCUGCAGAUGCCUCGGACACCAGCCGCUGCAGUGUUUGCCACAAACCUGGCGAGAUCCAGCACGAGGUCAGCAACGGGAGCGUGGUUCACCGCAUCUGCAGUGACGCCUGCUUCACCAAGUUCCGGGCCACCAAGGGGCUGAAGACAAACUGCUGUGACAACUGUGGACUUUAUAUCUACAACAAGGGCUUGCCCCUGGAGUACCUCUUCCAUGAAGGCCAGCAAAAACGGUUUUGCAACUCUACGUGUCUCAACAGUUACAAGAAGAAGAACACUCGGGUCUACCCCUGCAUGUGGUGCAAGACGCUGUGCAAGAACUUUGACAUGCUGCCCAAUGUGGAUCGCAGUGGCAAGAUGGGCCUGUUCUGCUCCAUUUGCUGCACUACCUCCCACAAAGUGAAGCAGUCAGGCUUAGUCGGUCCCCCUAGACCCUGCAGCUUCUGCAGAAAGAGCUUAUCUGAACCUUGCUAUUACAACAAGACAGACCGGGUUGUCUACCAGUUCUGCAGUCCCAGCUGCUGGACCAAAUUCCAGCGCACCAGCCCGGAAGGUGGGAUCCACCUCAACUGCCAUUACUGCCACAAUCUUUUCAGCGGGAAGCCAGAGAUCCUAGACUGGCAGGACAAGGUGUAUCAGUUCUGCUGCAAGGACUGCUGCGAGGACUUCAAGCGGCUGCGUGGGGUGGUGUCCCAGUGUGAGCACUGCAAGCAGGAGAAGCUGCUGCAUGAGAAGAUCCGUUUCUCUGGAGUGGAGAAGAACUUCUGCAGCGAAGGGUGUGUGCUUCUUUACAAACAGGAUUUCACCAAGAACCUGGGCCUGUGCUGCAUCACCUGCACCUACUGUUCUCAGACCUGCCAGCGGGCGGUCACCGAGCAGCUGGAGGGCAGCACCUGGGACUUCUGUAGUGAAGACUGCAAAAGCAAAUACUUGCUCUGGUACUUCAAGGCAGCUCGGUGCCAUGCCUGCAAGCGUCAGGGGAAGCUGCUGGAAACCAUCCACUGGCGGGGGCAAAUCAAACACUUCUGCAACCAGCAGUGUCUGCUGCGAUUUUACAAUCAACAGAACCAGCCCAACCUGGACACGCAGAAGGGGCCCGAGAGCCUGCUGAACAGUCAGACUUCAGAUCCAAAACCAGCUGUCCCUUCCCCACAGAAGACAGAGACUAACAUGCUGUCAGCAAAGGCCUCCUCAGCCCAGACGUCUUCAGCUGCGCCGCCUCCCGCCCCACCAGUGGUUCCAACCACCCCUCGGAAAAACAAAGCUGCCAUGUGUAAACCACUGAUGCAGAACCGGGGCGUUUCCUGCAAGUUAGAAAUGAAGUCCAAAGGAUGUCAGACAGAGGCUGACUGGAAGCCCCAGGUGGUUGUAUUGCCAAUCCCCGUCCCGAUCUUCGUGCCUGUGCCUAUGCAUAUGUACUGCCAGAAAGUACCUGUGCCUUUCUCCAUGCCUGUCCCGGUGCCUGUGCCAAUGUUCCUGCCCACCACCCUGGAAAGCACAGAGAAGAUUGUGGAGACCAUUGAGGAACUGAAAGUGAAGAUCCCCUCCAAUCCCCUGGAAGCUGACAUCCUGGCCAUGGCUGAAAUGAUUGCAGAGGCUGAGGAACUAGACAAGGCCUCCUCGGACCUGUGUGACCUGGUGAGUAACCAGAGUGCAGAGGGUCUCCUGGAGGACUGUGAUCUGUUCGGACCAGCACGGGACGAUGUGUUGGCUAUGGCUGUCAAGAUGGCAAAUGUCCUCGAUGAGCCGGGCCAGGAUCUGGAGGCUGACUUCCCUAAGAACCCUCUAGACAUCAACCCCAGUGUGGACUUCCUCUUUGACUGUGGGCUGGUGGGACCAGAUGAUGUGUCCACAGAGCAAGAUCUGCCUCGAGCUGUCCGAAAGGGGCAGAAGCGCCUGGUGCUCUCUGAAAGCUGUUCCCGGGACUCAAUGAGCAGCCAACCCAGCUGUACAGUCCUGAACUACUCAUAUGGAGUGAACGCCUGGAAGUCCUGGGUGCAAGCCAAGUAUGCAGGAGGAGAGACCAGCAAGGGAGAGGAGCUGCGCUUUGGCCCCAAACCCAUGAGGAUCAAGGAGGACAUCUUAGCCUGCUCAGCAGCUGAGCUCAAUUAUGGCCUGGCCCAGUUUGUCAAGGAGAUAACACGGCCCAACGGGGAGCGCUAUGAACCCGACAGCAUCUAUUACCUUUGCCUUGGCAUCCAGCAGUACCUGCUCGAGAACAAUCGUAUGGUGAAUAUAUUUACAGACCUUUACUACCUGACCUUCGUGCAGGAGCUGAACAAGUCCCUGAGCGGCUGGCAACCCACAGUCUUACCAAAUAACACUGUUUUCUCCCGUGUCGAGGAGGAGCACCUCUGGGAGUGCAAACAGCUGGGUGUUUACUCACCCUUUGUGCUGCUGAACACCCUCAUGUUCUUUAACACUAAGUUCUUCGGGCUGCAGACAGCAGAGGAGCACAUGCAGCUCUCCUUCACCAACGUGGUGCGCCAGUCCCGCAAGUGCACCACUGCCCGUGGCGUGACAAAGGUGGUGAGCAUCCGCUACUACGCUCCUGCCAAGCAGAAGAAAAGCCGAGAUGGUGGCUCUGGAAAACGGAAGCGUGAGGAGGAGGUACCGAUGUUGGAGCAGCGAGAGAACAGGAUGAACCCUCUCCGAUGCCCAGUCAAGUUCUAUGAGUUCUAUCUCUCCAAAUGCCCCGAGAGUCUGCGGAACCGCAACGAUGUGUUCUACCUGCAGCCCGAGCGGUCGUGCAUCGCCGAGUCCCCGCUGUGGUACUCGGUGAUCCCCAUGGACCGCAGCAUGAUGGAGAGCAUGCUGAACCGCAUCCUGGCCGUCAGGGAGAUCUACGAGGAGCACAGUCGGCUCAGCAGCCUGGAGGAUGACAUGGACUAAGAGCGAGGUGCUGCUGGGCUGGCUGCGCUCCAGCCCUGGACACCCCAUCUUCCUGCCUCCCGCUGCAGGGCAGGGGCCGUGCAGCACGGGAGGGGAUGGUGCUGCAGCAGUGCUGUCCCUUCAUCAUUACCAGACUUGGACAUCCCAUCCUGCUUGUUACAGGCCUCCCUUACAUAUGUGGCCCUCAUGCUCAGCUCUGCCUCCUCCUUUUGGCUGCUGGGUGAACCAUCUUUCCCAGGGCCAGUUCCCAUGGCACAGGGGUGGCAGAGUCCCUGGGGCACCUGCCCUCACCUUUGUCCCCCUACCCCCAGCCCUGCCACUCCCCCCCUCCUCCCCUGCCCCAGGGCAGGAAUCUCACAAGGCAGCAGUGCACCAUCAGACCAGUGGCCCCAAAACUUUUACUUCCCUCUUCCUUCAUCAUUCCCUCAUGAGGCUGCAGGUGGUAUGGCAGGAACAGUAGCUCUGCUGCUGGGGCAGGAUUGUGGUUUCAAGCCAGUGGGGAUGGACCACAGGCUACCAGAGAGCCGUAGGGUCAGGGGGAGGGCUUUUUCCCAGGUGUGGGAGAGGUUUAGGUUGGCUUCAGGGAGUGGAGGGAGCUGGCACUGGAACAUGAGAGAGAGCCUUGCCAUGGGGACACCUCCCUCAUGUGCAGCUGAGAUGUCUCUCUCAAUUAGGUCAGUGUUUCAUGAGUUGUCUGAAAACUGAUGGAGAUGGGUCUGGGUCAGUGCUGCCCCUCUUUCCCCACUGUCCCCUGUCCUGAUGUAGGUCCCCUCCCCCAUGCAAGGUGCCAUCAAUGGGAACCUCUGCUCCAGCCAGGGGCUUGGGCAGCUGCUGGCAGAAACAGGGAGCUCUGCCUGGUCUCCCCCUCCCUUCCAAAGCAGCAGGCUGCCACUGCCUUGCCCAGAGCAAGUCUGGCUCCAGCUGUGCCACUCCCUGCUGCCUCCUGCCCCUCCUCGUGUUCUGGUCAGUUUUAUUGAGCUGUACAUGGGUCUCCUGUUGAGCCUGUAUAUAUUGUUCUGGGCCCUGGCCCGGGGCCAUCUGUUCUCUGUGUCCAUGUGGAGAGUGAGCCACUCACCAGUCUUGUUGUAGUGAUGCCAGGGCAGUAGGAACUAACCCUGUGUCUCUGGAAACCAUUCAUUUCAAAUAAAGAUGUGGAAAACUUU